AUGCAAGAACACCACGACUCUCCUCAGAAGCCCUCCUCGGUGGCCUGUGUGCCCUGCCGUCGCCGCCAUCUGAGAUGUGAUGCUCUCAUGCCGGUGUGCACUCGCUGCCAGACAGCCGGCACGGAAUGCCACUAUGUCCGCUCAAGACGAGGGCGACGGGAUCAGUCUCGAAGAGUCUCAUCUCGACCCGACGAGGAGGGCUCUUCUGUCUCCGCGGAUGCCUUUUCCGACUGGCUCAACGCCACUGCUUUCUCUCCCGAUCUGAACAUACUCACAACCCACGACCUUUUUCAACCCCUCGACCUUCAGACAUACCAGAACUUUCCUCUCCCCACUGAUACCGUUGAUACCUUCGAAACCCCUCUCACAAGCCGCGCCACGGCGCACGAACCCAUGAUCCAACUGUACUACCAAUACUUUCAUCCCUCGCACCCUUUCAUCGUUCCACGAAGAGCCCUGAACUCGCCAGCCGCCCACCUCAUCCCUGCCUACCUGAUCGCCGUCAUGCGUUACAUUGGCGCUCACUAUUACCCAGACCAGUCAUUGAAGCAAGCUCUGCGACAGCCUGCAUAUAGCUUCCUAGCAGAUCCGUCGCUGCGAGACGGGUUCACUGUGCAGGCACUGCUGUUGCUGGCAAUCAUCGACCAUUCAAGCUGUCAAGAGCAAAGCGCGCAUCGACUGCUUCAGAUGGCAGUCAAUCUUGCUCUCGAGAUUGGGCUGCAUCAUGCGUGUUUUGCACUGGAGCAAUCGUAUGGCCACCCGGUGCUCGAGGAGAGCUGGAGGCGGACGUAUUGGGAGCUUUAUAUCGUGGACGGGCUGUUGGCCGCCAUGCGUGAGCAGAGUCCAUUUCGACUAUAUCGCCAGGGAGCGAGUGUGCUGCUGCCAUGUGCGGAGAAAAUGUAUACUUCAAACAGUGCGAGACCAAGUGGUCAGACUCUCGACGACCUGCAGAACGACUGGACACUCGCGCAGAAUUUCUCAACAUUCACAUACCGGAUAGACGCCGUGCGGAAUCUCGGCGCCGUCCUCGAGCUCAAUCGCUCGCUCGAGGCAAAUAUCGAAGCCCGUGUUGAGACUAUCGAUGCGCAUCUUUGCUCAUCGUUGAUGACACUUCCUGCGCUCCACGGAGACGGGUAUGACAGCUCAUGCCACGAUGAGAUGGUCUUUCAGGCGCAAAUGACGCUUUACUUAGCCCUAAUCUACCUCCACCACCCACGCUCCAGCAUGCGAUUUGCCUCAUUCCAUAAUACCACUGAAAACCCACCAUCCCCCUCCUCAACCUCCUGCACCCGCCUCAAACUCCCCGAAUCUCAUCCACAAUUGCAAUCCAAAACGCCUUCUCAUCCUUCAGCAUCAAUAUCAGCGACCCUCACGCAGCCCCCGUCUCCAACCCUCGACAUUCACUCGCACAAGCUCCUCCGCGCCGCAGACCUCCUCUCCAACCUCGCAACCCUCCCCAGCACAAUCCAGAAUCGUUCGCCCUUUUUCACCUGCGCGCUGGCAAUGUGUAUAAUUGUACAUACGGCAGCUCUUCUUGUUGUGGGUGGCUCGACGAGACAGGAGUCGCUCAAGGCACGGGUGCAGUUGAGUAUCGGGGCGUUGAAGGUCCUUGGAAGGGUGUGGCCGCUUGCGAAGAGGGUGAGGGGGGAGAUGGUGGGGAUGUAUAGGGAGGUUGUAGGUGGGUAG